AUGAGUGAUAUUCGAAAGCUGAUCCAGGACCUUAAAGAUCCUGAGCUGAAAUUAACUACGUUUCUACGAAGCCCUCAGCUGCAAGACCUCUGUCAAAACUAUAAUUGUAAUAGUUUAACAGAGAUUCAUCCAAGUUUUGCAAAUAUGGAUCGUUUUUCACUUUUGAUUUAUAAGGAGCGACUGGCCUUAUACCCUCAAGGACAGUACCUAAACGGACUUCAAUUUCAAAUGGAGCGGAAUUCUCAGCUGAAGGAGUAUGUUCACCUUUACGAAAAUAAUGAUGAGAAGAUCCAACAAUGGGCAGCUCAUAAAGCUGACCCAGUUAUUGCAGCUGGUCUUAAUAGAUUCUGUUCUAGAAUGGAUUCUAGUAUUUUUCAAAAGGCUAUACCUCAUACCAAUGCUGGAGAACAGUCACAUCAAAAGGGAUAUAUGUGGGGGAAAAAACUUUCUUUAGUUAAAGCUGUGGAAAGGGCUUACCAACUUGAUUCCCGAGAUGUGGAUCAGUAUCUAAGCCGAAAUAAUUAUAAUAUUCAUCAUUCCUAUCGUACGGACACUAUUGCCCAGCGGUAUGCAAAUAGCCUGAUCAGAGAACAGCGAAAACGCCGUCGACAAUCAUCGAAUUCCUCAUUACAGGCCCCGAUUGAUACCAUCGAGGAACCUAUACAGCCUUAUACCUCUUCAGGUUCUCCAUUUUAUCUCAUACAAGAUCUACAUCUAGAUCCAGAUCUAGAUCGAGUUCAAGAUCUAGUUCAAGGUCUAGUUCACGGUCUAGUUCAAGGUCAAGAGGUCAAACUCCAUCUAGGCAACGAGGCUCAAGACGGAGAGGCUCAUCGCUUCGCCAGGUUGCUUCUGAAAACAGCAUAA